UAAUAAAUUAGCAUCAAUUUUACUCUAAAUGUAAAGAUUUGAAGAAGCUUUAGAAUAAAGUAAUUUUUCAACUUAAAUAAAUCCUGAAUUCAAUCUUGGCUAUAAAAUAAAAGGUUGAUUUGAAUUAAUACUGAAAUUAGCUGAUGCUCUAAUAAUGAUGAAUCGAUAUAUAGAAGCUUUAGAAGUUCUUAAAAUUAGUAUAUAAUUAAACAGAGAAGAUGUUGUAUCUUAUAACAAUAUUGGUUUAUUUUAAAUUAAUUUUAUUAGCUAUGGUCUUAAGCAGAUUAAAUCGUUGUGAAGAAGCUUUAAUUUAUAUUGAUACAUCUAUUCAUAUCAAUCCAACAUUAUCAAUUCUUUAUCUUAAUAAAGGUAUUGAUUCUAAAUACUUUAAAAAGGGUUAAUUUUAUUAAAUCUUAAUCGUCUUGAAGAAGCUUUAGAUUGUAUUAAUUAAUCUCUUAUAAUGGAUCCAUAAUAAAAUACUCUCUCUACCACAAAAGGUGAAAAUUUUACUUAUUUAUAGCUUUGAUCUUAACAAUUAUGGGUCAUUAUGAACAAGCUCUCUAAGAAUUAAAUAAAAUUCCAGCAAGUGAUGAAAAUAAUAAAGUUUCAGGCAAGAUUUAUAAAAUGAAUUAGUUUUCUGCUUAUUUUAAUAAAAAAAAUAUUAAGAAGCCUUAAUUCUUGUGGAUCUAGCUAUUAACAAAAAUCCAGGUGAUUCUAAUAAUUAUCAUUCCAAAGGUUAUUACGAUUAUAUAAUAUAGGAUAAAUAUUAUCAUGUUUAUACAAAUGGAAAGAAGCAUUGUUUUAUUUUGAUAUAGCAAUAUAAUUUAAUCCUGAAAAUAACCUCAUAUUUUAAAAUAAAGGUUGAAAUUAGAUAAUAAUUAUAGCCAAUGCUUUAGAAAUGUUAAAUCGUUCUUAAGAAGCAUUAGAUCUUUUAAAUUUUCUAAUUAAGAAUAAUCCUAAAAAAUAUGUUCUAUAUUACUAAAGAGGUAAAAAUGAUGUUAAAAUAAAAGCUGCUACUCUAUCAAAAUUGAAGUUCCAUGAGGAAGCGAUGAAAGAUUUGAAUUUUGGUAUUGAAUUGAAUCCUUAUGACCACAAACUUUAUUGUUUAAAAGGUUUAAUAAAUUUAAUUUAACAGCAUUGACUCUAUUAAAAUUAAAUUUCUUAUAAAAAGCAUUAGAAACAUUAGAUUAAGCAAUAUAGAAAAACC